CGUUGACUCACUCGCUAUAUUCCCUUGAACGACGCAUGGUCGCAGCAUGAGAUCGUCGUAAGAAAGAAAAUCAGAUACAAAAUCCAAAAGACAAGCUCCAAAGAUGCGCCCGUCGCACCAACUGUUGGCUGGCAUUGCGCUGGCCACCUCCGCAGCACAUGCUCAGACCUCCUCAGACACCGUGAUAGUCGUGGUGCCGUCGACCGUAUCGACCAGUACUCUCAUAAACGAAACGAUCGUCGAGAUCUGUCCACCAGCACCGACAGUCUUUUUCAAUGUCACCGAAUAUCUACCCAUAACUGAAACAGAAACCACAACAGCGACUGCUGUCACCACCGCCACUUAUAUCACCUCUACAACCAUCCCGAUAACCAUCUUCCAGACCAUCAUAUCCACAACAGUCUUGACCGCGACCACGACAGUGACAACUCCCACAACCAUAACUGACACUGUUACAACACCUACAACGAUAUUUGACACAGUCACGACACCUACCACCAUUACAACUCCCACCACGAUAACCGCCACGACCACAACACCUACCACUCUCUCCGCGACGGAGAUCAUUUCCGAGUUCCUGACCACCGAACAAGUUACGAGCAUAACAUUAUGUCCAUCUCGCACAGUCAACCCGACCUACACGGCGAACGAACCAUACCCAACUGACUGGACAUGGGGUUGUCCGCCAGGCUGGCUCUGCAAGCCUCUCCAAGAGGAAUGUAACUUCGAAGCCGGCAUUCCAGAAUCAUACUUCUACUGCGCACCGAACGAAUGUAUCCCCGCCGAUGUCGUAGCCGCAACCCUCCCCAACACCUGGAACAUCGACAUCUAUGGCAACAACACGCCGCUGACCGACCCAGCUCUCCAAUACGAUGCGAUCGACAGCUUCUUCAACAUGGACCCACAAGGAUUCGGUCUGAACUAUGAGAUCUUCGUAGUCAACGAGGUCUUCACGAUGACAUCGACAAUCUACGAACUACCCACUGCGACCUUCGCCGUUCGACAAGCCGAGACCAGCGUUCCAGGAGCUUGCUACCCCUGGUGUAACAACUGUCUCGUCGAGGCGCAAUCCAACGGCAAAAACUCCAAGCUCUGUCUACCAGGUUCCGCAUUCGAGACAACUCUCAGCCAGUGCGAGGAGUGUAUCAGCGUGCACAAGUCCGACAGCGCGGCCGACUUCGUCCAGAUCGCGCCCCAAUUCCAGCAGUUCCUCGACUACUGCGCGCAAUACGCCACCGUCGUCGUGACCACUGCCGUCACCACAACAGCCGUCAACUCCGCGGGAGCCACAUACACCGGCGUAACAUACGAACUAGAAACGACCGUGACACCCACAAGUGACGCCACGACAUCGACAUCCUACGGCUCCGUGACAUCCGUCACAACGGAAGCCACCACCAACACUCCUGUCACGGUCAUCACUUCGGCCACAACCGCCACAUACAACUCGACAACAGCAACAGCAACAGCGACCCUGACACCAACAACAACGUCAUACACAACCACCGCAAACGGCACAACCACAACCGCAAGCUACAGCUACACCCUCACCACCAUCCCCGCGACCGAAUGGCCGCAAAUCACCAUCAUCCUACCACUCGGAAACAACAGCACCACCACAAUCUACGGUUCCACUCUACCCACCGGCGCCGCGACUCUUGUUUUGCCUGCAGAGUUCUACGCCAACGGAACGAGCACCACCGCUACCACCGCUGCCACUGCCGUUGCCUCAGACUCCGGUACGAUGACGAGCUCAGCCGCUGUAUCUACAUUCACCGGCGCCGCAUCUAGCUCCAAAGUCCCCUUGAUAGGAGGCUACUGGCUGACGCUCGUCGCGCUGGUCCUGCCGUUCCUGUUCGCGCUGUCGCUGUAGGAUCAGGAUCUCGCAUGUGUAUAUAACAUAGAAGUGCGAUCUGAUCCAGCAAAUUUUCUUAUGUCUUGAAAGAGGAAAAAAAGAGAAACACUUGGAGAGUAUCCUGAAACCCCAGAGCCAGCCUCGACUGGUGGGAAUUGGAGUAUUGGCGGAGACCUACCUAGUACAGUACGUUAAUACAAUAUAGUAAUACUGAUUAUUGAUGUCUG